AGGUAAUUUUAUGGCCUCUUUUUAAAGCUGUCUGAAUUCUGUUAACUCAAACGUUGUUUUUGUACUCGUUCUGUACGCAACUAUAUCAAUAUGUCUGGACGCGGAAAAGGAGGUAAAGGAUUGGGAAAAGGAGGUGCUAAACGUCACCGAAAAAUUCUUCGUGAUAACAUUCAGGGAAUCACAAAACCUGCUAUUCGGCGUCUUGCUCGACGAGGUGGUGUCAAACGUAUCUCUGGCCUUAUCUAUGAGGAAACCAGAGGUGUACUGAAGGUUUUCUUAGAGAAUGUUAUUCGUGAUGCUGUAACCUACACAGAGCACGCUAAACGCAAGACCGUUACCGCUAUGGAUGUUGUUUAUGCCUUAAAACGUCAAGGAAGAACUCUUUACGGAUUCGGAGGUUAAGCGUUGUCAUUGCUCAACAAAAACGGCUAUUUUUAUAGCCACAAAUCUUUUAAAACAUUACUUUGUGCACGCUUCCAAAUUACACAAUGUGUAAAGUCUUGUCACAGUUACAUUUAUUGCUAUACGAUACUAUGUCAUAUAUGACACAAAA